ACGGGAAGAGGACGAGUUCUAACUUUUUCCUUCGGCAAGAGGUACGGGCAAGCAGGAAUUGGCCGAGUGCAAACAGGUUUUGCAGAGCUUGGGUGGAGUUCGCUGUGAUGGCAGGAAUGUAACUUUGGACUUCGUGUGGGAAAAGGGGGAACGGGCGCUGGAUACUGCUCCGGAGUUUGCGAAUCGACUGUACAAAACGAUUAGGUCUACCUCUCACCCCGUCCUGUGCCUCAGUGGCUGGCAUGGCUCAUCGUUCUCAGAGCUCCUCUGUGGGGGAGAAUCCCUUAGAUCCAAACUACCUCCCCCCCCACUACCGUGAGGAGUACCGGUUGGCCAUCGAUCACCUUGUGGAAAAUGGUGUGGAGGGGUACUAUGAAUUCCUGCAGAGCGCUGGGGUGGUUGACUUCCUGGGCCAGGCAGAGGUGGACUACAUCAAGGGCACUGUGCAUUCACCACAGGCCCAGCAGGCCUCCAGCGGAUCCUUACUGGAGCUGACGUAUCCCCAAGCAGACGAGGAUGGCUGCUCCUCUGACACCUACUGGCCGCUCCACUCUGACAUUGAUGCACCAGGCCUUGACCUGGGCUGGCCACUGCCACAACACUCAUUUGUAGGCCCUACAGAGGUCACGACCCUAGUAAACCCCUCUGACCCUGAAAUGCCAAGCAUCAAGGACCAGGCACGGCGUCUCAUAAAAAGUGCUCAGCAGGUCAUUGCUGUGGUCAUGGACGUGUUCACUGACAUUGACCUGUUUGCUGAUCUCCUGGAUGCAGCUGAACGCCGCGUACCUGUCUACAUCCUUUUAGAUGAACAUAAUUCUCACCAUUUUGUCUCUAUGGUGACGAGCUGCAAAGUAAACCUGGAGAUGAUUCAUAUGAUGCGUGUGCGGACAGUAGCAGGCGUCACAUAUUUCUGCCGCACUGGGAAGUCAUUUAAAGGGCAGGUGAUGGACCGCUUCCUGCUGACGGACUGCAGAGCUGUCCUCAGUGGAAACUACAGCUUCAUGUGGUCUUUUGAGAAGAUACACCGCUGCAUUGCUCAUCUUUUCCUGGGGGAGUUGGUGUCUACCUUUGACGAGGAGUUCCGGAUCCUUUUUGCCCAGUCCCAGCCCUUGGUGGUGGAAAAUGCACUGGUACCCGCUGAUGGGUACUUCAGCAACCAGUCAGGCUUGAAGAGGUCCCAGUCCCAGCGCCAGCCAAGUAGCUUCUUUCGCCAUGCGGAGCACUCAGCAUUUUCAUUUCAACGAGACCGCAUGGAUUCCGGACUGCCCUUUAGACGGGAGGAUCCAUUUCGUCAUACAAUGGAGCAGCAGACUUCAAAGUACUCCUCCCAGCAGUUCCGUAUGCAGCAGGGCCAUAUGGAACAGGGUCGCUCUAUUAUGGCCUCCCAGCAGAUAGAGAGGAAUGCCUUCAAGAGGCACAGCUAUGCUGAGGGAACACAGGAGAGCUACUCUUCCUCCCGUGUAUACAUGAAACACCGUGUCAUGGGCAACCUGGACGAGAUGGAACAGCACUACCAGCGGGAAAAACACAGUUACCAGGGAGAGGGCCCCGGCCAGGGCUGCUAUGAGCAGCUCCGCAGUCGUGCUCUGCAGCAGGGGGACCAUCACUCUGAAUCUGGAUACCUGCCUGAGUUGGAGCCACCAUCUGAUUACAAUGUCCUGUCCUCUGAUGAUCUCAACCCUGGACAGUCUCACCCGCAUGUAGGGCACUAUGAUCCAACAGGCCACAAGAGGCCCACAGUGGGACAGUCAUAUGCAUGCGAGAGGUCCCCCACACAGACUCACCCACCAGAUCAAAAACAACCAAAGUUUUCUGGGGGAUCGCAGGAUCGUGUGGGGAAGGACCCCGACGUAAAGCAGGGAAUGAGGGACUGGAGAAUCAGCUCCUACCUGAGUACAUAUGAGGAUGCAGGGGAGGAGGGCUUACAUGAACCUCUUGGGCCUGACGCUUUCGAAGAAGUCCAGCACGACUCCGACGGGAGGUUAUAUGGCAAGGAGGCUCCCGGCAACCCCCACAGGCCCAAACUGGACCUUCGCCCAAGAUAUGGUAAACCUAUCCUCAAGGACAGUUCCAAGGACCUCACCACAACAGAUAUGGAGUCCAAGAAGAGGUCAUCAGACUCUCUCAGUUCUGUGGGAACAGAGGGAGAGGCUGAGACAAGGGACUUGGGCCUGACCAAACAUGAAUCCUUCCGGUCCCGAAUCAACCCAAUGCUACAAAGGAGCUCUCGUCUGCGGUCUUCACUCAUUUUCAACUCAACAUUAGAGACGCACAACACAACCAAAACGGAGGAGGGCAACCCAAUUAGAACCUCCUCUAUAGUGGCUGAAAUCCUUGAAAAGAGAAGAUCUCUCUCCAGGGAACCCUUUGACUGGAGCAAGCACAAGAAGACACAAGCUUCAGACUUAUCAGAUCCUAAAAACUCAGAUGGCAAAGCCGUUGCACCUGCUGAGACCUCACACAAAUCCACUGAACCCAACCAAGGCCCCAAAGAGGAUGCUAACAGAAACAAAAAGGAAGCUACCAUUACGGUUGAAGAGAAAGCGACAGAAAACCCUGCAAAACCAGAAGAUAAGCCCUCUACCACGAACAUGAAUGAUCCUGAAAGCCGACUCUUGUAUUUCAAAGAUCUUGCCGCUAAACGAAAAGCAUUAAAACCAGUUGCAGAAUCCACUGUGGACACAAGUCACAAACCAGCACUGACUAAGUCAGAUCUCUUAAAUACUGUAAAGACUGCCGAUAAACUUCCCAAAGUUACAGUCACCCAUGCAGAGCCUUUAACCCCAGGGCCAGAGCUCACAAAGGCACAGACGGACAAGCCUCCUGUGGCAACAGGGCUAAAUAUAGAGAAGCAGAACAAAAACAGCGCAACACAGAAAGAGGAAAGCCUUGAGGUAAAGAAAAGUUUGAAGCCCUUCCCCUCACCCAAGUUUUUCAGAAAGGACCCACUGAAGUCUUUUAAAAACUCCUCCUCGUCACGUCGUGUGUCAUGCGAUGAAGACAUACUGACGGAUGCCACAGAUGCAGAGAAGAGUGAAAUGAAGAAGUCCCGUAGCCAAAGUUCAUCCAGCGUGACUUCCUCUGAAUCACGCGACAGCCUCACUCGCCAGGGCUCCAACACCUCACUAAACACUUUAGGCUCAGAGGGUAAGGACACCAAAGCUCUCGACUUCCUCAAGAAGCAGACUCAGAGACUCAAGGGCCUCCUUGGACCAAAGGGUGAGAAGAAGACAUCAGGAGCACCGACUUCAGACAGUAAGGGCAUGAAAACAGUUCCAGAAAUCAAAGAGGAGGCUCCAGAUAAGAAGUCCUCAGACACCAUUGCAGCCUCUGCAGAGAACCAUAAGGCACCGACUAAGCCAAGCCAGUCUCGCUACCAAUCCUCCACUUCCAAUGUGAUCUACAGUAGCAACCUCAGGGAUGACACCAAAGUGAUCCUGGAGCAAAUUUCUGCCAACAGUCAGAAUCGAGAACUGGCAAAGAAGACUGACGCAGCUGAGAGUGAUGGGGGCAGUGACAAAGCUGGCGAAACAUCCAAACUGGAGAUAGAUUCUUCUCUCCGAUACCAAAGCAAAACCCGGUUUGGUCGGACUCCCGCCAACCCCCAGGAGCGAGAUUCUCUGCUGAAGAGAAUUGAGAGCAUGCGAAAAGAAAAGAAAGUGUACAGCCGUUUUGAGAUGGGGAAUAGCCUGGGAUAGCAGAGCAAGGAGCUGAAACCUUUCAUCAGGAAACUCUCCACCGGGAAUCUAUCCCAAUGAUACCAACAUUUUAUUGUAACAUAACUAAGGAAAAUCAUUCAAACAGUAGUUGCAAAGUUCAACCCACCCUGGAUCUGGAUCCUCUGAACAUUCACCCACCAGCACAACUGUAUUACCUGGAGUGUGUAGGAUGUUUGAGAUCAGAUACUACAUCCUGACAGUGCCAACCAAAGCCUCUUUCAUCCACUCAACCUUCCCUUAUUGGGAGCAGGACUAUUGUAUUAGACACAGCUUGGACUUUGUGUGCAAACAUAUAUAUAUACACCGAAACACAUGGAUACACCAUAGGGUCACUGCAAACACUCAUCAGCGACUGAAAGGUGUGAGCAGUACAUUUUCAAAAAUAUUGACAAUGAAAACAAAACGACAUGCCCCAUGGAUAUGUACAUAGCCCCCACCACCACACACACACACACACAGCUAAGUUUACCUAGGUCCUGUGCCAAUGAACACUGCUGUCAAAGCAAGCCAAAUAAGGCUGGAAAGUCUUGAAAAUCUUUGGCAAAGUUAAACCACAGACUUGGACAGAGAAAGUUACAUAAUUGUACAAGAGAGAGAGGGUACUGCAAGUACAAGAUAACACUAAGAGAGUCCAUGAGAAGUAAAUAUAAUUCUUCAUGAUACAGAUUUUUCCACUUUUAGACAAUUAAACAGGACAGAUGUGUGCUUGGACACUGAUGUGUGGUUGAUAAUUGAACAAGCAGUAAGUGGUAGACAUGUUCCUUAUGAGAGAAAGCAGUGGCUGCACCUUCAUCACUCAGGGAGAACCUUGCCAUUCAAAGGCACAAUAUAAAGCAUUUCUCCACACAAUUUCUGGUACUUGACUGUCUAUGCACUUUUUAACUUUCAGUGAUGUUUAAAAGGAAAGGUAACUGCCCUUUGCAGUGAGGGACCACAAACAGAGUGUAAGAUUUUAUCAAAAACUUUUACAAAAUAACUGUUAGACUGACUUUUGAAUAUCAAAGUGUCCCAGCAGGUCUUAGUAUGUAGUGUUUUUGUUGUUAAAUGUUCUUAAUCAGACUAAUGAAACAUGGAAUCUGACAUUGACACUGAACAGAACCUGAACAGUUAAGGAAAUUGCAGCGGUCGUUUUAUAUGUCACACUUUUGCAGAGAAAAAAGUCAAUUAAAUGCUUGUCUUUCCAUUGUA